AUGGCUAAAAGGCUAGCGAAGAAGGUUCACAAGGUAUUUAAAAGGGAGAAAGUAGCUCCCUCAACUGCUAACAUCACUCCACUCACAGGAGGGGUUGGUGCAAAUAUUCUUAUCUGUAGUACACCUCCUGUCACAAGCACUAGCCCUGUGAACCCCAAUUUGUCAAUUAUACCACGAACUCCAAGAAUAGCUUUCAUGAUGUCGAACCUUAAUGGCCCUUCUAACGGAAUUCAGGCUCCAAACGUGCUAAUCAGUGCUCCAGCUGUAGACCCAACUUCCCAAACCUCACCACAAGGUCUAAUAGUUGCCCAAAAUACACAUAACGAGGUACAGCUCCCUCCCCUACGAGGCUCCAACGCAAAGUCUACAGUGUUCACAGCCUACGAGCUCCUCGAAAACAUCUUAAAAUACACAGCACCACAAGAACUACACCUCCUCCGCAGAGUAACAACCGCACUCGACGAAGUGAUCAAAUCAUCAAUAGUGAUCAAGUACAUCACAUUCAAACUAGCACGAAUCCCCCGUAGUCUACAAGAAGAACCACAAUUCCUAAAAUAUCACAUAGGACCUCAGACCUCAGAGGUACAACUUCACCCAUUCGUGGAUAGACUCGUACGUAAGUUAUGGGAAUUCGUAUUAGCCUCAGAUCCCGACGAAACAUCCACUACAGCCGAUCCUCUAGUUCAAUGGUGCCUUAAGAUCCCAGAUGAUGUGUAUGUAACUAGACCACCAGUAAAGACCAUGAGCCUCAUGCUCAAUGAUCCCAAUAACAUCCGUCACAUCGUUAUCAAAUCCCCAGUAGCUGGCGUCACACUUAGACACUUUAUCCGUACCUUAGCUCGUCCGCUUAUGAGAAGAUACGAAGAAUUGAUCUCGUCAAACCAAAGAGCCAGGUUCCCAUUGCCAGAUAUAUGUGCGUCUAUCAGGUUUAAAUAUCCAGUCUCGGGUGUGAGGAAUAUUAACAACCAGCGAAAUGAUGAUAAUAUUGACUUGGUACAGUAUCGACAGGACUAUGGCGCAUAUUUUAUCACUAGGAAUCAAAAUACUUACUGGUUUUGGAGUGCUAAUGAUGGAGAGGCUAUUCCGGGGAUGGGGGAGCUUCGACGUACGGUUUGGAAUAUGCCGAUUCAUGAACGGAGCAGAGAAGAUGUUACUGUUAUUUGGAGUCCGGUGCUUAAGUUGAGUUUUUGGAAGAGGGAUCCUAGUAAUAAGAAGAGUAUGGUCAGUGCUGAACGUAGGGGUGCUGUUCAUUUGACAGGGGGGUGGGAUGUUAGAUGGGGUAGGUAG